AUGAAUCUUCACCUUGAAGAUUUCCACACUGGGAGAGCCACCUCUCACCUGCUUCUCGCCGAGAUCCGGUCAUCUCCAGGGCCGCUGUCUAAGCGCGAUCACUUUGAUUUAGGCGUGUUGCUGCCAACCUAUACGGACCUAGUCCAGGAGGCGCUCUUGACCUUAUCACCGUUCUACAUAUCAGCGCUCUGCGGACUUGAAGAUUAUGUGAUCUGGAAAAUAGAACAGAACCUCGCUGUUCUCGAUACCAACUUCAAGACAGGUCUCCUUGUAUCAUGCGUCGAGUUCCACAGCAUUGAAUUUGGUCUUGGUGUGAAAGCGACGACUGGAGAAGAAGAUGAUGAGGUCAAGGACGAGAGUGAUCAUUAUAGCACCGACGAUGAUGAUUGUCUUAUCGCCGCCGUCGAACUGAGGUCAGGAAGCGGAGGUCAUAAGAAAAUAUACCCCCGCCUGCAAUAUGACCCCUUCGAACUUUUCAAUGUGCCUCACGCAUGUGCCAAAAGGCGGCAAUUCUCACUCAGCGAGAUUUUCGAGCUCAUGAACUUUGAGAACAAUGAUGCUCUCCUACGGCUGGUUGAUAGCGGUAUCAAGCGACGGGAGAAAGAGACUAAAGAAGCGGGCGACCCAAAUGUUUUCGUUUCGCAAGGUGAAGGGAUGCGAGGGCACGGAAACACUUUAGGUGAAGCACCUACUACCAUUGUCAAAUCACACCUUUGGAGCUUGGCGUGUCUAGGACGGAGGAUAAACGGCGUUCUAGCCUCCCUGGGCCCCGUUUUGGAUCAGAUUGCGAACCGCCCAGCGCCGAUGUUUGUCCUUGGCAUAUUCGCGGCGGGCCUAGCGCCGCGGAUCUGGGAGAGAGUUGCGCGGUACAGGCGUUGCGUCCUCCCGAGCUCCCUUCAACCCCUGAGGCAACUGCGCGGUGGUAACGCCCUACAAGAUCUCGUCCGCUUUACCACAUUUGUUGAACUACCACUUUCUAUCCAUCAAUCUGACUACUCACCCGACAACUCCCCGUGGAUCGUCAUUGACUGCAGCUACCCCGGGACCCCCGCGGCCAUGCUCCAAAAGUAUUACCCUGGCACGUUUGCCGCACCCGUUGCGUCGUGCGCUCCUCUACACGUGUCUGGGAACUACUGGCAAUACUGGAAGGCGAUCGAAGAAGUGCUCCCGCGCGAUUGCAGCUCAGGUCGACAGAUGAUCGUCGCCCAUCCUCACAAGCUAGUGUCAGACGAUGUCACUCAAGACGAGAUCGACAUGCUUAUGGCACGCUUCGAAGGUAGGGAGAACUUGGGGAUGGCUUUGGACGUCAUUUGGAGAUUUGAGGAGCCCAUCAUGCUCUGGUAG